AUGAAGAGAAAGUCCAGUUCAGGUCGCCAAAAGAUCCCUAUUGAGAAAAUACCAAAGAAAAGCCAUCUUCAAGUCACCUUCUCAAAGCGUCGUUCUGGACUUUUCAAGAAAGCCAGUGAGCUUUGCACGCUCUGCGGUGUUGAAAUCGCCAUCAUCGUCUUCUCCCCGGCCGAGAAGGCCUUCUCCUUCGGUCAUCCGGAAGUGGAAUCCAUCGUCGAUCGUUAUAUCAGUCGAAACCCCACGUCGGAAGCCGGUGCUCAUCCGCUGGUGGAGGCUCACUGGAAUGCGAACGUCCGGGAGCUCAACAUGCAGCUGACACAGCUUCUAGGGCAACUGGAAAUGGAGAGGAAGCGAGGAGAAGAACUGGACCAGGUGAGGAAGGUGAGGCAGAGACAGUUCUGGUGGGAAAACCCUAUUGAAGAAUUAGGGCUUAAUGAGUUGCAGCAAGUGAUGGUUUCAAUGGAGGAACUGAAGAAGGAGUUAGGGAAAAUGGCGAGCAAGAUGCUAAUGGAGCAUAACAGUUUGGCUACUGAUUCAUCGGUGAUUGUUGGAGGAGGACACGGUGGACUUGGACGUUAUAUUAAUAAUGAUGUCUUCGAGAAUAAACAUCUUGUUAUGAACAACAUUAAUGCUGCUUCGUCCAGUAAUAUUCUUCCUCCUCAACAUGCCUAUAACAAUCUCAAUUGUAGGCAUGGAUAUCUAUGA